UUCUACUAAAAACACAAACAGGUGAAAUGAGAGAUAAAACUAGUUCAAAGUGUGGAAAGAAACCAAUCAGGCUUCUUUGCACAAGCUCGCAAGGCAAAAAGCAUCUUUAUGAGCAUAACCACCUCAGGAAACCGAGUAAAAGAGUCUCUUCCUCCUUUGAGAACACGAGUUUUUCUACCCUAAGUAACUCGAUUAUCACAGAGGGGAUACCUAAUUCAAAUAAAACUAGCAAAGAGACUUCAUGAGGUACCACUAAUGUGUUGCAUGAGUCAUCCCAAUUUGCUGGCUCCAUGAACGCCACUACUUCUGAAAGAUUUCAGCAUAUUUUCAAAGGCAGAACCCCUAUUCUGAAACUCAAUAAGACCAGAUUGGUGAAGCCUGUAGCAAGAAGGAUGAAUACCAAUGGGGCCAAUGAGAGUAAAAAUAGAGCAAGGCUAUUCUCAACUAAUGGUACUCAAAAGGCUGCAUCGAAGCUCUCUUCUAAACACCAAAAUGCUGAAUUUUCGUCAAAAAUAUCCCCUGUGGAACAAAUCUUCAAAAAGACAUUCUUCGGUAGUCCCAAAGCCACAGCAACAGCUGAGCUAAUGCAUGAUUCUCGUUACAGAUCAGCCAUGUACAAAGCCCUCAAGGCAAGGAAAAACAUUAGCAAGCUAUUAGAGCCCAAACAAUUUUCCCAAAAAAAUCAAAAGAAAAGUGAAAAUUAUGAGCUCAACGUCAGCAAAAAUAUUUCGAUUCCAAUCAAAUGGGGGAGUGCCGAGGAUGAUCAGAGCAUUGCUUUGAAGGACUUAAGAGAAGUUAUUAGGAAUCAGAAGAUAAGCCAAUCAAGACAAAGAAUGAGCAAAACAAACUCAAAGUCUUUCCAUCGUAGAAACAGGAAUCUGAGCUUAGAUUUCCCGAAAAAGUGUAAAAAUUUACUCAUUAAACCAUGUUUCUUACUGAUAGAAGAUGAAAAAUUACCAGAAUUGUGUUUCAAUUCUAGUAUUCAGGGAUCAUUGAACACUUCUUUGUAGAAAAUUCUCACCCUACUCGGAAUCUUUCAAACCAC